AUGGAGUACAUUGACAAUGGAGUGGUGAAGCCAUCCGUUGCUCUAGGAGCCAUCGGCACCCUGUUCCUGCUUUACCUCUUAGGCAAUGUCAUCUACGCGUUAUACUUUCAUCCGCUGCGACACAUACCCGGCCCUUGGGUCAAUGCUCUCUCAAUGAUCCCGUAUGCCCGGCACAUGUUGGCUGGUACGACCGCUGAAAACAGUCUCCGUCUACACGAAAAGUACGGUGAGGUAGUUAGAAUUUCUCCGAAUGAGGUAUCUUUUAUCUCUGGGGAGACCGCAUUCCCAGAUAUCUACGGAUUUCGAACUGGAAAAUUGAAGGGCCGUCCAAAUAUGCAAAAGGAUCCCGCAUGGUAUGUCAAGCCGAGUAACGGAGUCGCAUCUAUCUUGCAGGCGAACGACGAUGACCAUGCUCGAGGUCGUCGUGUUCUUGCACACGCAUUUAGUAAUACAGCAGUUACUGCGCAAGAACCCUUGGUGCAACGGUUCGUAGACCAAUUCAUCGAUAAAUUAAAAGAAGCCGCAAGUAGCGGUGAGGGUGCCGUCGAUAUGGUGCAAUGGUAUACCUGGAUCACGUUCGAUAUUAUAGCGGACUUGACAUUCGGUGAACCCUUCGGAUGUCUGCAGAAUCGUGCUAGCCAUGAAAUCAUUAAACUCCUCGAAGAGUCUGCUAGGGCUCUCAGGUUACUCUAUAUCCUUGCCCAUUACCCUUGGCUGAAAUACCUGGGCAAGUUGAUCAUUGACAAGGAUGCGGUUGCGAAGCGCAAGCAAUGGUUGGUGUGGGUUGCAGCUCAGGUGAAACGUCGGAUGGAACGAGAAACCACCAGGCCUGAUUUCAUGACCUUGAUCUUAGCCAACAAUCGCGACAAGGGCGCUAAGCUAUCGCAGGCAGAAAUCGAUUCUAACUCAUUUUUCUUAAUGAAUGCUGGCUCUGAAACCACCGCAACUGCGCUCAGCGGCGUUACUUAUCAUUUGCUGAUCAACCCUACUGUCUUGCGCAAGCUUCAAGACGAAAUCCGAGGCAAAUUUGCCACGUAUGAUGAGAUCACGCUGACUGCCGUUAACGAUUCACCAUACUUGAUCGCAACUCUAUCUGAAGGCUUGAGGACCUUUCCACCAGCCGCAGCCGGUUUUGGAAGAGUAUGCCCCAAGGGUGGUGAGUCGGUUAGUGGCUACUAUAUUCCAGAAGGCACGGUAGUUUCAGUAAGCCAUCAUGCUGCAUACCGCUCAGAACGCAAUUUCAAGAAUCCAAACGCCUUCGUUCCCGAGAGAUGGAUGGGCGAUCCCGAGUAUCGUAAUGACAAGAGAGAUGCAUGCCAACCAUUCAACUUUGGCCCUCGCGGCUGUUUGGGCAAUAAUCUGGCACACGCCGAAAUGCGACUAAUUCUGGCCAAGUUCGUAUGGUCCUUUGACAUGGAGUUAGAAGAGAAGAGCCGAGACUGGCUUGACCGGKGUCGGGKGAUGAGAUUUUGGAUGAAGCCGGAGUUGGCAGUGAGGCUAACAGAGGUUGAAAGGGGUUAG